AUGAUACCGAGCUCGGCCCGUGACAUUGGCGCCGUAGAGACUGAGGGUCUUGGUCAAUUCCUAAACCUCAGCUCUCUUUGCCUUUUGGCUUGGAUUAUGGGUAGUAUCUUCUUUAGAAACCGUUCCCUGGCCGCUAGGCUUGCCUAUGUCAGGGGACACAGUGUCGCUCGUAUUGCACUGCCUCGGGCUGAUGCGAACCUUUUUUUCAUUGAAUCUCUCAGCUUGUCUAGGACUUCGAAGAAGAGAUCUUCCUCUAGUUCAUCCAAAGCCAUCUUGUCGCGUCGUGUUGUUGUUGAUACUGGCUGGCGGGAUUCUCGCGACCUUUACUACCAUCACCACGACGACCUUCCACCGUCUGGCAGAGGCACUACAACACUUCGGGAUACCGCUGUCCCUCACCCGCGAGUCGCUUGA